UGCACUGUUUGUUAGAAGAAAAAAUUUGUGAGAGAAUAAAAUUUUUGCAAAACUAUAUACAUAUAGAAAAAUAGUGAAUGAAUUUUAAUAAAUUUAUGUGAAACAAGAAAUAUCAAGCACAGGGAUGCUGAAUUUAUAAAAAUCUAAAAAGGUUUUUUCCCCGAAAACCUCUAAAAAUUCGAAUGGAAAAGGAGAAAAAAAUCCUCUAUGCAGUUAGCGAAGAAGACGACGACGACGAAGAAGUAUAGAAGACAGCGAGACGACAUAGACAACGACAGCAGCAGCGAAGUAGAAAAGAAGACGAGCAGACCAGCAGUAAAAGUAGAAACGCCAAAAAGGCUCCAAUAGAAGAAGAAAAAUCCAACAAAACGGAGCACUAAACUGACAAACAACUAAAGGGCAAAAGCAGCUGUUUAGCAAAAGGAUUUUUGCAAAGAAAAACUAUUAACUAAUACGAAAAACAUGUGUGAUAUUUGUUCAGAUUUUCAACAAUUAUUGGAGUCGUAUGAGGCUCGCAUUAUCAACCAGGAUGCCAAACAUGCGAUUCUUUAUAAAAGUGAAAUUGAAACAGCAUUUGGAUACAUACAAGCCUGGCCUCAAAGACAAUGUAUGUGUUUAUAUCGAGAUGUUAAAAAUUUUGAGCGCUUUAAUUUGGUCAUACAAUCAAUGAUCUACUUGGCGGUUCAUCAUUUGAAACACAUCAAAAGACUCAUAGAGGAUUAUAAGAAAAUAACAGCUAGUGCCGCACAACUUGUGGCACAAGCUCAGCAAACAGAAAAACAAACAGAUAAAUCUGAAGAAUCAGGAGCUGGAACAGCAUCGACUGCUUCUGCAGGCUCCAAAGAAAAAGAAAACAACAUAGAAACCAAGGAAACGGAUGUAGAUAAAACUAAAACAAAAGAUGAAAUAACACAAAAAACUACUGAGAAAGCCAGUAGUAGUGGUUUAUCAUCGCCGGGUGAUGAUAAUGCUAAUAACAACAAUUCAAUAACACUAACGGCCUCACCGUCGUGUGCAACAUCUUCGGUACAGAGUUCACAAAGUUCCUGUGCAGCAUCGACAGCAUCUUCAUCUAUGACGACGACAACAACAUCGUCAUCAGCCGCAUCGUCGUCGUCCUCAUCAACAACAUCACAACAUACCGAAGAACCUUGGAUACUGCCAGAAGUGGAAAAACUCUUAUUACUCGUAUCCAAAGUAUUUUUACUUAAUUUUCCACUGUACAUAGCCUACAAACAUGGUACUCAUGCACGCUUGGAUGAUAUUUCUACCGAGGAAGUACAACAUUUGUCCAUAUUUUGUGAUCUUCAUGACAAUGAAAUACCAGUAUAUUUGCUGAGAAACACUAGUUUGUUUUGUAAUUCGAAUGGUUUUGCUGCCAUGAUGUUGUGUUUCGAUCAGGCCGAUUUACCAGUGACCACAGCACACGCUAUAACCGCAACUGUCUCGAAUAUAAAAUUAUGGUUACAUUACGGCUGUAUUGUACAAUUAUUUGUACCAUUACGUAGUAAAAUUUUACAAUACAUGUGUAAAUUAUCCGAUCAAAAUCUAAGAACAGCUGCCACAAGGGCCAUGGCGGAUUUUGUUUGGUCUGCUGUACGCGAUCCCUUAGAUGCCUCGGUAAGCUUUGAUGUUGAAGGCUUAGCUUUGGCAUUUAAAUAUUUCACAUCGACUACACUAACAAUGAGAUUGGCUGGUAUUACCCAAAUUAAUGCUCAUAUUAAUAUAUUUGGCGAAAUCGAAUCAGUGGUGGGAGAAGUUGAAGUGGUGGCGAAUAAAAUCGGCGAUUGGUUGACAGAAAAUCAAAUAAUACAACACUUGUUUGGUCCCAAUCUUCAUGUCGAAGUUUUGAAGCAAGCUCAUGUUGUAUUAAACUUUCUUGCGGUCGAAAAUCAAAUUACCGAAGAACACAUUAAACUUAUUUGGCAGGCUACGCAACAGCUAAAACAUUGCUCCAAAACUAUAUUUGAUAUCUUGCCAUCAUUGGUUAAGAACUUGGCACCCAAACCGGCCAUGUACUUGUAUACGCUCUUGUGUCGUAUGGAUCCCAAAGAACAUACUGAACAGAGUAUUUAUAUAGCUUCGGCAUUAACCAAACUUAUAUGGUCACGCGAUAAAACACGUUCACAAAUGAGUUUGGAAAAUGAAAUCAUGGCUGCAACUAGUUCGGAUAGCGGCAGCAUGGAUGGCAGUAAUUCCGAUGAGGGUAACGGUGAUGAUAGCAGUUUAGCUAGUGCUCGCAAAAGUCCCAUAGAUAUUGAAAAUGUUUGUUCUUCGGAUACUGGGGUGACACCAUGCAAACAGGCGAGACGCAGGCGUCAUGUAUGUGAUCCCACAGAAGAGAAGGUCAAACAAAUAUCGGAAGAAGAAUUAAAUAUGAUUAAUUCGAAAGUUGAUAUGAAAAUGAAAAAUCAUCGCAUUGUAAAUAUAAUUGACAAUUCAAGCAGUGAGGAUGAUUUGCAGAAAGGAGCAGUUAACAUACAAAUGCAUCGUAAGAAAUCCCGCAAACGACGCAAGAAUAACAACAAUCUACCCUUGACACGUUUAGCUUACGAAAUUGUUGAAGCCAUUUGUGAUGGAGGUGAAGAUGAUGCGACAAGUGAUGAUGCUGAUGACGCCGAUGAUGGUGACGGUGAAUGUGAGCUGCUUAACGAUAGUGACGAAUGUAGUGAUCCCGGCCAAGUACCCAGUGCCGUACUAAAACACCUACAGGGUGAGGGACCCUAUAUACGAGCUAUAGCUGAAACUCAUAUUAGUGAACUUUUAAGCGGUGCUGAGAAUGAGGGUAGCUAUUCAUCGCCCCUUAGUAAUAAAUCAGAGAAUUUAGACGGUUUCGAAGUGGAGGAUAUUUGUGAGGAUGAAAUUGCUCAAUUGGUUAAUGCGCAUAGUCAGCGUGGCAAACCGGCUCCAGCCAUUUCUUCGUAUGUCUGUAUCAAUAACCAGCUUGUCGAAUAUACUCCUGAAAUGAUUGUUAAUCUUAAUCAUCCUCAAGAAGUCGGUUCAAUGGUAAAUCAGCGUGUCAGCCAAAAUACAAUGCCUCCAGCUUUUGCAGCAGCUGCUGCAGCCAUGGCUGCUGCUCAUACGGCAAUGUCUAUGCAAAAAACUGAAGCUAAUGUUGCUGCAGCUGCUGCUGCAUUGGCCGCUGCAGCUGUAGCUACUGAUAAUGCCCAACAAACCUUGGUUGAUUAUGGAGGACGUCUUGUAGAGGCUAAAGUUAAGCAACAAAUGAUGGAUUUUCAAGAACGUGCAAAUGCUUUGGCCGCAAAAGCCAUUGCUGCUGGAAUGAUUGAUAUUAGUGGUGUUGCUAUGAAAGAGAGUAACAAAAAUGUUCAAUCAACAUCUCCACAACAGCCGACAUUUAAAAUUAACGAUGUUUGUCAACCAGGAAAUACAUUAUUGUGGGAUUUAUUACAGGAUGAUAAAAUUACCCAACUUGGCGAAUCUCUUGCAUUGGAGGCAGAAAAAGCUUUAGCCACACUUUUAUGUUUCAGUAACGAUCGUCAGUUGCGUACGAAAUUCAUUGAAGGAUGUUUACAAAAUUUGGCAAAUAAUAGAAGUGUUAUCGUAUCACUGCGAUUAUUACCAAAACUGUUUGCAUCUUUUCAACAAUUUCGACCAUCUGAUACACAUCAAGUAACCAUGUGGGCUGAGCGUCAACAUCGCAUGAUGUACCAUUUCUUUAACAACAUUAAAUAUUAUGCCAAACGUCAUAUGGAAAUUCUGGCCGGUAAAGGAAAUGAACAUCAACAAACCGAUUUAUCUUUGUAUUCUCAUAAGAUACAAGUAUCGGUGCGUUUGCAAUUUUUGUCUUCCAUAUUUUCAUCAAUGGGUUCUCCCAAGAAUUUUCGUUUAAGCUUAGAACAGGUUGAUGCCUUGUGGGAAUGGUUGGCUCAUGAUCCUGAAUGUGCCGAUUGUUAUUUCUCUUGGCUGCAAUCACAAGCCAAAGGUGGCGAACAACAUGCUUUAGGCUUGGAAGCAUUACAACAUUUAUAUUUGAAAAAGUUACCCGAAUUACGUCCCGAAGAAUUUACUAUGGUUGGUUUGGGUCUUUUUCAGCAGCUCUGCAGUUUGGCACGCAUGGCUAUAGCUCAUUAUGAAAAACAAACAGAUUCUAUAUCCACAAAUUCGUCCAAUAUAGUAGGAAUGUUUCAUUUAUGGAAAAUAGCUUUGAGAGCUCAUAACACUGAAGUAUCUCUGGCCGCCAUACAAUACAUAAAUAUGUAUUAUAUGGGUCAACAAUUGCGUUUGGAAAAAGAGUUUGUUUCACAGUGCAUGGAGAAUCUGGUGCAGGCAGCAAAUGCUCUGGAAUGCAAUAAUGAAGAUGACAAUGCUUUAAUGUGUGUCCAACGUGGUCUAAUGCUCUUAAAUACACAUUUGGAAACUUUUCGCCGUCGUUAUGCUUUUCAUUUGAGACGUUGGGCCAUCGAAGGUCAAGGCAUUGGUUCUCAUAGUAAUUUAAAGAAUGAAGGUUCUGGUCCUGCCAUACGCAUUAUAUUACAACCAGCUGGUCUGUCGGAAAAAUCUAUCUUACAUAUGCAUGCAUGUGAUUUAAUAGCAGAUUUGAAAGCCGAAAUUUCGAAAUGGUGGGAAAAUUUACAGGGUACUUCAAAUUCGGGAGUAUCAGCUCCAGUUUUAGGCCUUCUAUUAAGUGAAGGACCUUUGCGCAUUAUAACACAAGGACAGGAAUUGACUUCGGAAUAUGAUGAAAGAAGUUUGGGUGAUGCUGGUUUUAAAGAUAAUCAGAUCGUUUACGUUUCCCUGGGUGGUCGUGGUGCCCGCCGCAAAGAAACGAAUGUUGAUCAUCCCUCAAUGCAACCGCCACCGCCUAAGGAAUGUUUACCCACAGUAUUAUUGCUACAACCAAAGUAUUUUGAGAAACUAUUUUGCCUCAUGCAAACUUUGGGCGAUAUGAAACCACAACCCAAUAAUUUGCAACUACAUACCAAGGCUCAAUUACUGUCCCGUAGAGUUUGGGAUAUUUUAGCCAUACUUCCCACAAAUCCCAUGAUUCUGGAUGCAUUCAAAUGUUUAACUAAUGACUUGACUAUAAGUGAACAGCUGGAGACGGAAGAUGCCAAAAUUAACAAACGUAAAGAGAUUAAACAGAAACUAUGUGAAUUGUUGGAUCCUACAAAUUUACAGAAAUUCAUGUAUUCUUUGCACAUAGUCGAGAGCUUAGCAUUGAAUAGUGUUUUUCAGCAGCGUGGAACACCCUGCUGUAGUGGAGCCAAUGGCAAUGUUAUGGCCAUGGAUCAACAACAUAGCCGAGUUACACCUGUAGGAAAAAAUAAAAAAAGUGGAGGUAGUGGUGGGAGUGGUAGUGGUGGCGGUAGUGGCUCUGGUUCUGGUAGUGGCAGCGGUGGUGGAGGUUGUGGCAGCAGUACCGCUUGUAGUGGCAGUAGAAGGCGCAUGAGUGUAGACUCAUCUUGUAAAGAUGAUUCCAAAAAAUCAACUAAUAGUGUUAGUGAGCAUCAUAAGGAAAAAGAAUCAAUUGAUUCGAUUAAUCAAAAAGAAUUAAAUUCCUCUAUGGCUACGGUAAAUACCUCAGAAAGUGAUCAUCCUCACAGUGAUCAUAUGUCUGUGGGCACCAAUGACAAAGAAAACAAUCCCGUUAAGGCUGGUAAAAAACAUAAAAAGUCUGAAUGCAGCAAUGUAUCAUCAACGCACUCCUCGAUUACACAAAUGGAAUUGUUUAACACUUCUAUAUUCGACACAAAAUGGAGUGAAACUUUCAUCAAAUGUGGUGGUCUUAAACAUCUCUAUGAUAUCUUCAUAUCCGGUCAGUUACAACAGAGUUCUUAUCCCAAAGAGUUGCUGAACGAAUGGCGUCAUGAUUGUUUGGCCAGUCUAUUGCGUAUAAUUUGGCUUUUGGGUUUCGAAGAAGAUUUUCAUGAAGAUAUGUUAGUGUCUAUAUCAAAACCUAAAGAUUUUAUGCUGGAAAUGAUGUCGGUCGAUCCCUGUUUGAAACGUUUAUCGGCCAUACUGAAUGAUGAAGCCUAUUCGAAUUAUUUGGCCACCACCUCCGCUUAUCAAUAUCAUCAUUUGAGGACAGGAUUUUGGGGAAGAGCACAAGUUGUUCAAUUUGCCAUGAAUAUAAUGGUUAGUUUUGUACAUGCCUCUUCGGAUGCCCGUUGCUCUUUGUGGGCUCACCCCGAAUAUUGUAACUGGGUGCAGAAAUUCAUUUUAGAAGAUCCAGAACCAGCUGUAAGACGUGAAAUAUGUGCUGGUUUAUAUCGCAUCUGUUUGGGUAACUCACAAUCAUAUCAACUGUUAUUGGCUCCUUUAUUAAGAAAGUUGAUUUCUUUCUUAUCUGUGGCUGAGAAAAUGACUUCAUAUAGUCAUCAUAAUCCCUAUAUGCUAAGUGAUGAUGGUAAGGAACCCUAUGGACCAGCAUGUCGUGAUUAUUUCUGGCUUUUAGCUAGACUAGUGGAUACCUUAUCACCAGAAAUGGUUAAAUCUUCAUUGGAAUCAUCUUCAUUUAAUGAAGAGGCCAUUGAUAUAGAGAAACUUUGUCAGUCUGUCGCUCAAAGUAUAUUAACCAGAGACUUUUAUGAGACACGCUAUGGCAUGCAAGAUGAUGGUUUAGUUGGUUUAAUAAAUCUCAUGUCGAACUUAGUGAAGUAUGAUCCCACAUUUAAAUUUAGCUCCAAAGUUUUACAGUUUAUAGAACAAAUAUUUGAGUUCUUAUUCGAUAUGCCUUCGCCUCAUAAUCGACAAAAACCCAAAUGCAAAUCAGCCACCUCAAGAGCUGCUGCUUAUGAUUUGCUAGUAGAAUUGUGCAAAAAUUGUCCCAAGAAUUAUAUAUUUUUGCACAGCAAACUAUUGGCCCAACAUACCCCCGGACCUAAACCUCCUUAUCCUUGGGAUUACUGGCCUCGAGAUGAGGGUCGUUCAGAAUGUGGUUAUGUGGGACUAACGAAUUUGGGUGCCACCUGUUAUAUGGCCUCUUGUAUACAACAUCUUUAUAUGAUGCCUCAAGCUAGGGCAGCCGUCUUACGUAUACCACCCAAUAAAGCUCAAAAACAUGCUCCCACUCUAUUGGAAUUGCAACGUAUGUUUGCCUAUCUUUUGGAAUCCGAACGUAAGGCCUAUAAUCCUCGUUCAUUCUGUCGAGUCUAUCAAAUGGAUCAUCAGCCUUUGAAUACGGGCGAACAAAAAGACAUGGCUGAAUUUUUCAUAGAUCUCGUAUCGAAACUAGAAGAAAUGACACCGGAUCUUAAAGAUUUAGUUAAACGUUUAUUCUGUGGCACUCUAAGCAACAAUGUAGUCUCACUGGAUUGCGAUCAUGUCUCACGUACUGCAGAAGAAUUCUAUACUGUACGCUGUCAAGUGGCUGACAUGCGUAAUUUACAAGAAUCUUUAGAUGAGGUGACCGUUAAGGAUACUUUAGAGGGUGAUAAUAUGUACACUUGCUCACAAUGUGGCAAAAAGGUUAGAGCUGAAAAGCGUGCUUGUUUUAAAAAGUUGCCGCAGAUUUUAUGUUUCAAUACCAUGCGUUAUACAUUUAAUAUGGUAACUAUGCUCAAGGAGAAAGUAAACACACACUUUUCAUUCCCAAUGCGUUUAAAUAUGUCUGAUUAUGUGGAGAAAACUCUAAUGCCACAUCAAUAUAAAGAGGAUCGCGAGAAACGUAGAAUGGAACGUGAUAAGAAUGCUGACGAUUUGGAAGAUGAUUUAGAAGAAUGUUUAGAAUAUGAAUUGGUGGGUGUGACGGUACAUACGGGCACGGCAGAUGGUGGCCAUUAUUAUAGUUUUAUAAAAGAACGUAACAAAUCGGCCAUGCAACAUGAUCGUUGGUUUUUAUUCAACGAUGCUGAGGUAAAACCAUUCGAUCCUUCGCAAAUAGCGGCCGAAUGUUUCGGCGGAGAAAUGACGAGUAAAACUUAUGAUUCGGUGACAGAAAAAUAUUUGGACUUUAGUUUUGAGAAAACUAAUUCAGCUUAUAUGCUAUUUUACGAACGACGUUUGCCCGAACAUUUAAAGGAAAAACAUGCUCAUCUUCUAGCCUCUCCAACGGCUAAUACUACUUUGACAAAAUCAACUGUAGCGGAGGAACAACAAUGCAAUAUUAAAGUCAAUGAAACUUUAAAGGAAAAGCAUGACAAAAAUGAAUCGAAUAGUGAACUUAAUUCGAAAAUGGAAGUAGACGAAGAAGAAAAUAAUGCAAAUAAAACAAAUACAGCCAAUUGUGAUAAAAAUAAAAUAAAUGAUAAAGAUACUGAAAGUGAAGAAAAAAUAGAUGAUGAUAAGAAAAAGGAGGAGGAAGUUGUCAAAGAUAAAGUUAUUAUAAAAGAAGACGAUAAGGCAAAUAAUAAAAAGGAAAAAGAACACGAAACAGAAACGCCCUCAACUUCAACAGGUUCUUCUCCCACAUCCUUAACAACAACAGCUAAACAAACUGAAAAUCCUUGGAGGCCACAAUUAAGUAAAGAACUGGAGGAUUGGAUAUGGCAGGAUAAUAGGCAAUUUUUACAAGAUCGCAACAUUUUUGAACACACCUACUUUAAUUUUAUGUGGCAAAUUUGUGGUCAUAUACCACAAACUUUAAUCGCACAACAGGAUGUUACUUGUAUGGCAGCCAAAUUAUCGGUUUCAUUUUUCAUAGAAACUUUUAUACAUGCCAAAGAAAAGCCUACUAUGGUUCCUUGGGUGGAAUUGUUAACGAAACAAUUUAAUGCCAGCCAAGAGGCUUGCGAAUGGUUUCUCACCCAUAUGUCUAUUGAACCUUGGUGGCCGGUCCAAGUUUUAAUACAAUGUCCCAAUCAAAUGGUUCGUCAAAUGUUUCAACGUUUAGUUAUACAUGUUAUACAGAGACUGCGUUCAUCACAUUCGCAUUUGUACUUGAAGACAGAAAACGAUAACGAUGGUAAAGAGAUCAUUGGUAAUGCCUCUUGUGUUACACGUUUUAUAAGUUCCUUAAUAUUACUUAUGGAACAUGGUGCUAAGGCUCAUUUAAGGCAUUUAUCAGAAUUUUUUGGUUUAUUGUUUGAAUUCUCACGCAUGGGUGAUGAGGAGACGGUGUUUUUGCUGCGCAUUGGUGUUAUUAAAAGUGUGGCUGAUUUUUAUUUGGGCAAUAAGACACAUGAUAAUCUGGAAGUGGGUUCUGAUAAUGAUGACAAUUCUUCGGAUGAAGCCUUAUCGGUUGAUAAAACUAGACCUGCUUCUUUGGAUAAAAUGAUUGCUUUAGUUGCGAGUUUAGUGGAAAGAUCAAGGGGACAAGAUUUAAGAUUAAAAUUAUCCACCAAGGAUUAUAAUGCUAUAGCGGGAGGAAAAGGUUUUCCUUUUCUCUAUCAACAAAUCAAGGAUAAUAUUAAUCCUCAUCAAACUAAACAUUUGAUACAUGCACUCUGUCGUUGGGAUGAACGUUUAGCUAAUCAAAUUAUAACCAUGUUAUUUGCCUCCGUUACCAAACAUACAGAAUUAUGUGGUCCUUUCUUUAAGCUGUUGACUUUAUUGACCGAAACUCAAGGUGGUCCUUCGGGUUUACCGUGUUUCUCACAAUUAGUUUUACAGCGUGUCUGGGAUGCAGCGGAAUAUUGUCCUCAGUCAGCUUUAGAUUGGUUAGCUUUUCAGGCUCCCAAAAAUAAAAUAGCUCAUGCUUGGAUCUUGCAAUCGGCUGAUACUUGGGUAGAGCAAUAUUUAUUAGCUCAUCACAACUCCAGAGUUCGUAAUGCUGCCGCUUAUUUAUUGGUUUCUCUGGUACCCUCACAACCUUUUAGAGCCAAUUUCCGUACACAUUCUUUGCAUAAAUUAUCCUCCAUUUCAUCUUAUGUAUUUCGUGAACUUAGUAAUGAUGCUCAAAUUAUCUUACAUACAAUUAUUAAUCUGUUAUUGCGUUUGCUGCGUGCAGCAAGAGCCUAUGCCGAUAUUGGUGUCCAUGGCACCACAAAACUAACAUCAUAUUUUAGCCUUUUAGGCUAUUGCAUGGUUUCUAAGACUGAAAAAGUUAUGAUGGGACCGUAUAUGCGUGCAUUAUGGGAUCUGUUUCAUCCUCGGCUAUCAGAGCCUAGCGUACCGGCUCAUCAUAAUAAACAUGCUUUAUUAGCAUUUUGGCAUCAUACCAUUGUUGAUUGUCCAGAGAAUGCAUUAAUAGUUGCCAACUGUCCAGAAAUAACAAGAAAUAUAGCAUUUAAUUAUAUAUUGGCUGAUCAUGAUGAUUCGGAGAUAGUGGCUUAUAAUCGUGCCAUGUUACCCGCCUAUUAUGGUUUAUUACGUUUGUGCUGCGAACAGAGUCGUAGUCUAACACGCCAACUCGCUGCUCAUCAGAAUCUGCAGUGGGCCUUUAAGAAUAUCACACCACAUCCCACACAAUAUGCUGCCGCUGUUGAUGAAUUAUUUAAAUUAAUGACUUUGUUUGCUACCCGCCAUCCCGAUGCUAGUGAUCAAGAAAAACAUGAAGUCACCACAUUCCGUCGUACAACAUUGUCGGCCUAUUUAACGGGUCUAGAUGCUAGAGUCUCUUGGGGUACAUUAAUAAAUGCUUUUAGAAUAUUGGUUGAUAACGAUGAAGAUCGUCUACUUGUCAUUUAUAAUGGUGGCAUUGAAAUGUGUUUUGAAGCUUUGCACACACUACAUUCCAUGCAUCAUGAAGCCACUGCCUGUCAUGUUUCCGGUGAUUUACAGGAAUUACUUAGCGAAAUGGUUUUACUAUUGAGUACUUUACGUUUAAGUACACGCCUAGAUAGUCCCACUAAUAAGAAACAGCAACAACAAUUGGAACAACAGGUACAACAAUUGCAACAGCAACACCAGCAACUAUUACAAAAGCAACAGGAACAAUUAAAACAACAGCAACAACAAUCUCCACAAACGCCACAACAGACAGCACAACAACAGAAAGAGAAACAACUGCAGCAGCAAAUGCAACACAUACAGCUGCAACAAAUGCAGCAGCAGCUACAGCAACAACAUUUCUUAAGGCAACAUCAACAGCAAACUUCAUUGCUUAAAGGUCUGCCAGAUGCUGUCAAACGAUUGGCCACCUUUUUGAACACCUACAACCCACCCGAAAUUUGUAGACUUUCGCUUGAAGUACUUAAAGAACUAGUACGUAAUCCAAAUUUGGAUGUAACCACCAUUUUGGCGCCGAUUCUUAUCAAUUGUCAUUUAUCGGUGGCUAAUGCACCCACGGCCAUAGGAGCUCUGGGAUCAUACUUUCCCCGACGUGGUAAAACCACUUGGCCAACGGUAACGAAAAAUAUGCCUAGACCACCCAGGCCUAUGGUACAAAUGUGUAUACCGCAUAGUGAGUUUUUGGAAGUUCAACGUGGCGUGGAUCCGGAAUACGAUGCCCAAAUUGAUGCCUUCUACAGGCCCUAUCAUGAUUUUUUGGAUGUUAUGAUGCGCAUGGCCGUUAAUACCAAUCAAUUGAAUGAUACUUUAGUUAAAUUAUCAUGUUUGGUAGCUAUCGAAGCGGCUCCCUUGCAUUUCAAUUUAUUCCCAAAGUUUUGGGUCGGCAUUUAUAAUAAUAAAAGUACCAAUAAGUAUGCUGAGUUAUUGAUAAAUAAUCAAUAUUUAGUUGAAUAUAUUCAUAUAAUAUUACGCGGCUGUAGAGUUUCCCUAAGUGAUCAAUAUAUAAGAGCAUUUUUGGAAAUUUAUUAUCCUAAGGUGAUUUCAUCACAAUUGCCAAUUGCUCGUUUGUUGUAUUCCAUAAGUUAUUCUAUGCAUUCGAAGGAAGAUUUGGAUGAAUUGUGUGGUGAUUUAUUUGCUAUACGUGUAAUUGCUCAAGGUACUGGUAUACCCACCUCUGUGCGCAAACAAUUAAGAGGAUCUCUAAAGGCUUUACUCUACAAGAGUGCACGUUAUCAAGAAAUUGCUGAAAAUGAACUUUAUCAAAAUAAAAAACUUAAAUUAGACAACAACGAAUCUAAAGAAAAGUCUGAAAAUACGGCAGCCAAAGAGGACGUUACUCCAACAGCAGCAGCGGCAUCAGCUGCAACAACAGCUACAAAACAACCACAACAGGAACAUGGCUUAGAAAGUUCCCAAGAAGCCAUGGACACAACGAACAAUGAUGACAACAAAGAUGUCAACAACAGUAAACAACACAAUGAUAACGAAGACAAAAUUGACAGCCAAGCAACCGACUUAAAAUCCCAAGAACAGAAAGAAAACAAAACAGAAGAAAAUAUAGAAAAAGCCAAUAACAAUACAACGGAAGAUGAAGAAAUGAAAAAUGCUACAGACAAAAUAGAAGAGCCUAAAGAAAAUGCUAAGGAAAGUGGUAAGUUAGAAAAUAAAGAUGAUGAAAGUGCAAAAACAGAGGCUAUAAAAUCUCCAGCUAAAGAUAAAAUGGACGUAAAUAAAGAAGACGAACCACCUUCUACAUCUGCAGCGGCCGCAGCUGCAGUUGCUGGCAUCAAUGCUAACGCAGCCACGACCACCACCACCACCACCACCACCACCACCUGUGCAACACCGAAAAAUAUAAAUAAGAAAACUGCCGAAGAUCGUUUAAUGGAUGAGCAAGAUAAACGUAUUAAACUCUUAAUGACCAUGGAAACUUAUAUUAAAAGCAUUUUAUUGCUAAUGCAAAAAGACGAAAAUAAUUCCCCAAAUGCCACCAACAGUAGUCAGCCCAACAUGGAUGACAGCAUGGAGAGGGAACAAAAUACUACGCCAGUACCCGAGAGUAGUGAUGAAGGUGGUUGUGGUGGCAAUAACACUUCACAAGGCAGUGCCUUUCAUGUUAAUUGUUCAUCAUCACCCGAUCAACAGAAACAGCUCGAUUCUCAAAAAAUAGAAUCGCCUGCAGAUAUGGAAGCCAGCACUUCGGCAAUUAAAGAUUCAGCAACAGCUUCAGCUGAUGAAAAAACCAACGCGAAAACUGUUUCCCCAGCCACUGAAACGCAAAAAGCCAAUAGUGAUGAUAUUAUUACAAAUACUACUACUACUACUACAACUUCUACUGCUACUACUACGGCCUCAACGUCCACGGCUGCAAAUACGCCGCAAAUUUAGUUAUCGUUUAAUGAUUUGUUAAAUAUUUUAUUUUUUGGCAAAAUGCUAGAUUAGCAGUGCUAAGCACACUUUAAUUAUUUAUAAUGAUAAUUACCCAAUUAGUUUUAAGUUUUUCCUUUUUUAUUAUUAGAAUUAUUUCAACUAUUUUCUCCCUACUACCAAACUACUGUCUUGGGUUUAUUUUUUUUCCUAUUUUAUUUUAUCUUAUUUGUAGUUUUCUUUUUAAGCUUUAAACUCGGUCUCUUCUUUUUAUUAAGCUUUCUUGUACAUGCAUAAUGGUUUAAAGAGAGAACACAAUUAAGACAGAUAUUUUAUUGUGCUUUUAAUCAUUGAUAAACUUUGAUUAAUUUGAUGUUUAAAAAAAGACUUACAUUUUUUAAUGUUAUUUAAAUUGUAAAUUUUUUUAUUUGAAAAAUUAGAUUAGAUAUUUAGUGUUUAAAUUAUGUAAUAAACAUGAAACGAAUUUGAAUUGAGUGUGAUAAAAAACAAAAAAAACAAAUAUUUUCUACUAAAUUAUAUAGAGCUAAACAAAAAGUGUAGAAAAUUUCAUACAUUAUUUUACAAAACUUCAAGUUGUUUAAAAUAUUGAAUGAAUUCAAACAAGAACAUAUUCCGUAUAAAAAAUGUUUGUUCUUUACAACUUAAAUUUGGCAGA